ACUGUGAUGAUCGAUCAUAUCUUCAUACUUUACUCCCUUAAUUACUUAGAUUUCAAUGCGAUCUUUACAAAUCUCGGUGCGAGUGGAAGAAAUGGUCCAACAACACUUGGGAGUCACUACACAGGUCAGGAUCAUGACGGUCAAGUUACACUGUCCAGCGGUAUUCAACAGUGGACUGUGCCGUACACUGGUGAUUACAGAAUAGAAGCAGUAGGAGCAGCAGGGGGGUACGAUAGCGCUCAUAAGAGUGCUCAGUAUCGCGGCAGAGGUGCAAGAAUGAUCGGAACUUUCAGCCUAUCUAAAGGAGAAAUCAUUCAAAUACUGGUUGGUCAAGAAGGAGGAAUCAACAAUAAUAAGAUUAGUUCUGGUGGCGGUGGUGGAACCUUUGUAGUGAGAGGAAGCAACUCGCCUUUGAUAAUAGCUGGAGGUGGUGGAGGUGUAUCAGACGUACGCUCAAGACAUCCAGGGUGUGAUGCCAGCACGAGCACAACAGGGAACCCUGGGUACAAGUCAUGGUCAGGGGGGAGCAAUGGACAUGGAGCAAAAACUUCUGAUGGUCAAUAUUAUUCAGGUGGUGGUGGUGGUGGCUUUUACUCCAGUGGAAGAAGUGGAACGAAUUUUGGUGGUACCGAGGGAGAAGGCGGAGAGGGAGGUAAGGGAUUUCUCCAGGGAGGAGUGGGUGGAAGAGCCUAUGGAAAUGCCUAUGGAGGAUUUGGUGGUGGUGGUGGUGCGCAUGGAUCGGGAGGUGGUGGUGGAGGCGCUGGAGGGUACUCUGGUGGAAGCAGUGGAGAUAAUGAAGUUGAUUCCUGCGGGGGAGGAGGAGGAUCCUAUAACGCUGGAACAAAUCAGGAAAAUGAUUGCUGCUACAAAAAAGCUGGCCAUGGUCAGGUCACCAUUACAUUACUGUAAAAAAAUUUAAACUACUUAUUACGACAUACUGGUAAUUAGACCAGAUUUGGAGCGAAAGGAAAAAUUCUUCAUCAAACGACCUUAAAUAGAGUCGAGCUUUAGUUGUCAGGCAUUAGUAAGGCAGUCUAAAUAGUUUGGAAUUGGACUGACUUAAUGUUAACGUUUUACCUCGUUUGAUGUAUUUUAAGUUUCGUAAAUAUAAAUAAGAUUUAUAUUUACAUUUUUUAAAUUUCAAAACAUCAGAUAGCUUUUCUCAACUUCUCCAAGGACAAUUUACACUGUGGCUUUUAAUACCGCUCUUUAAUAAUUGUAAUUCGAGUUUUUUCCUAAUGUUACGCUCCUGCUUAAUAGCCGACUUUCAACAUUUUCAAAAGCCUCCCAAAAUAUACAUGUAUAGUCUGUAUGAAACAUACAGCUGAAUACGGCAUGAAGAUCUGAAUUUAUUUCCAAGCGGUAAAAACAAUAUUUUACGAACGAGCGUAUCAAGUGAGUAAAAUAUUGUUUUUAACACGAGUAAAACUCGCAUCUUCAAGCCUCCAUGUUAUUUUCUUUUUAUGAUAUAGACAAACCGACUGUUUUCGCAAAAAACCGUCAAAAAGCGGGAAAGACGUCAUCAAUUUGAUUCUCACUAGUGAGGAUAUAAUGCAAUAUGUUUGAAGAAGAGGAGUCUUAUGUAGACACAUUAUGCUUAUCAUUCUUCAUGGACUUAGAACAGUGUCGGAAGGCACGAUGGCUUCAUGGUUAGUGCGCUCGUCUUCGGAUCGAGCGGUCCGGGUUCGAGCC